UGGCACUGAGCCCUGGGCAUGCUGAGGGCAUGGAGAAGGCUUCCCCAUGGUCUCCCACAAGUGUUGGGCUGCAGAGCCCUCCUGGUGGGCUCCAGCCAGGCUCAGCCAGCCCAGCAAGGGCUGCAGGGAGCCUGGCUCCCAUGGGACACACAGAGGUGGCAGCUUGCCUUGCACACCUGGCCCUGAGUGACACCCACCCCUGGAGGGUCAGUGAUCCUCACAGAGGGGGUAGGAUGGACGAAACGACCCAACAUCACUUUCUCCAUCACUAGCUGUCAUCAGAUUAGGUGUUUUAUGCAUUUUAGCUGUUAAAAUUUUCCCUACAGGAUCCUUCUGCUUUCUCUUCUUCAGAUAGAAAGCGGGGUUUAAAUCAAAGAUGUCUUUUUCCAUGGAAAUUAAAAUAAAGUAGAUUUUGUUUGUAACACCGAGAUGUUCAUUAAAGAAACAAAAGCACAAGGCAUUCACUAGAAAAUGUGAUUUAACUCAUGAAAUUAUUCUGAAAUUUGACCAUUUCAAUGCAAGUGGAGGCAAAGCUGGAGAAAAGAAGAACAAGGGAUCUUCUUGAAGAUGUCAAUGCUGAUAGUUUGAGAAUACUGGCUGAGCAAAAAAUCAGCUUUUGACCUGAAAGAAGGUAAUAUUUCAAGCAAAAUGCUGCUCCUCCUCCCUCAUGACACAUGACACCAGGCACAUCAGCUGUUCCUGAUGAUCUCCCGCUGGUAGCUGCAGUCUGGGUGAGGGACCCGUCCCACGGUGGCCAGCCCUUCUGCUUCCCACAGGGAAUGCUGCCACAGCCUGGCUUUUACCUCCUUGCACCCACCACUGAAAUUGCUCCAGAAGCUGCUUUCCUCCUGCUGCAGCUGCAUGCAGGGAGAUUUUAAUAGGAAACUACAAUGGAAGCAAAAAGGGACUGUUUUAUUUUUAAUGAAGAGAGAGAAGACAUCAGCUCUUCUCCCAGGUCUCCUUUUGCUCAGAGCUCAGUCUCUGGUCCCUCAAAUCUCCAGGAUCCCCAUGUGUUUAUGUUUGCAGUUAGUAGUGCUGCAAAGCACCAGCCUGGCUGCUCUGACUGCAGCCCUCCAGGGUCCCCAGGACACUGUAAAAAGCAGCUUCUUCAGGGUUUGACCUGAACCAAAUGCCAGUUUUGACCUUCCUCCAAACCACUGGACAGAGUACAAAUUUCCAGCUGACUUGUAAAAAAUUAUUCAGAACACCUGAGCUGCCUGCCAGGCUGUAAUUUGCUUCUACAUAGCACCUGCACCUCCUCCUCCCCACGCAAAGCUAUCCCUCCCACCUAAAUUCUCACUCCUUGGGUACAGCUAGCAGGUGUUUCUUCAUCUUUUGCAGCUGGUCAGCUUUUCCUGCUCUCUUUAAAGUGCUGCAGUGAGGCACCAGCAGUGGCAUGAUCACUCUGGGGAGUUGGGGGUGGUUGUGUUUAGGGGCUAAAUGAACUGCUGCAGGAAGCAAAGCUCUUCCCCUCUGGGUUUUAGGAAGGAGCUUUGGGCUCCUGGCCUAACAGGGCAGGAGGGGUGGGCUGGUGCAGGGAUGGGGAGUGUGGGGAAUCAGAGGUCUCUGUGCUCGGUGGUUGUGGACUGCUUCCCAUGCUUCAGGACUCAGCCUCUGGGAGAUGUGCUCCCAGGUAUGUUUGAUGACUUGCUUUCAUAGAACUAUUUUUUUGUGAAGUGCUUCAAGCUUUAGCCACCUGCUGUUUUCUUUAAGUUCUGCAUGUAGCUUUUCUCUAAAAUUUCAAGGAUUGGUUGUCUCCAGCUUGCCCUGAGCCAGGGCUGCUUGGCGGGUUCUUGCUCUGUUUUGCAGUGUCCCUGGGGUGUAGGAAGCAGGAUCUGUGGGAGAAAAUUGGAUAAGCCGGGAGGUCUCCAGAGACUGGCUAAGAAAGAAUCCUGAAAUGCAGAAGUUCUUUAAAGUCUUUCCUAACCUCUUCCUGGACUUGCUGUAGUGUCUCAAUGGGGAUGAAAGUGGAGUUCAGUACUAGCUUGCAGCUAUCUCUUAGAUCUGUAGCAGGGGGAAAACUUGAGCCUUUUUUUCCUCUCCCCAGUAAAAGCACAUGUUUGCAGGAAUCCUCCUUCCCACCUCCCUCCCUGCUCCUCUCUGAGCUGAAACUGGGGCAUCUCCCCCCUAAGCUGUGAGCAGCCCCUGUUUCAAACCUGUGGGCUGCCUUUGGUGCCCUUCCCUCACCCCUGCCCCUCCAAACUCUGAGCUUCCUCCACAGCAUCACCCGCUGUCCCAGCCGCAGCCCUGCCUCUCCAGGCUGGCAGCCAGCCCUUCCCAGAACAGGAGGGGACGAGGGACUCGCUCGGAGGGGUUUGCAAUGUAGGUUAGGCAGGGAAGGCUGCCGAGAGCGGUGACAUCAGGGAGGAGGUGGGAGCAGCCCGCAGAUGACGAGUCUGUGAGGUUGUGUCUCCGUGCAAGGUACGCCUUGCAUUAGUAAUGUGUUUGUAGCAAAUAACGCUGGGCUGGCAUGGGAAUGUGGGUCACCACUGCCAGAACCGUGCGAGGAACAGGGAGCUGCUCGUGCUGUGCUGGGAAGCAAACAACUCAUCAGGCACGGCCGGGAGAGGAUAGAACAAACCAUCAAGGCCUCUGGCUCCAGGCUCUGCUCAUAUGCUGAGCGAGUUGUUUUUUUAAUGGAUCGUUCCCGGAGCCCAGACAAAAGCACCCAGCCUUCAACACCAACUGACAACAUCAACCUUGGACCUUCUGCUAACCCCAAUGCCAAGCCAACAGACUUUGACUUCCUGAAGGUUAUUGGCAAAGGAAGCUUUGGAAAAGUUCUCCUGGCCAAACGCAAGUGUGAUGGGACUUUUUAUGCAGUGAAAGUCUUACACAAGAAAACCAUCCUCAAGAAAAAGGAGCAAAACCACAUCAUGGCAGAACGCAACGUGCUCCUGAAAAAUGUAAAGCACCCCUUCCUUGUGGGACUCCACUACUCCUUCCAGACCUCAGAGAAGCUUUACUUUGUGCUUGACUAUGUAAAUGGAGGAGAGCUCUUCUUCCACUUGCAAAGGGAGCGCUGUUUCCGUGAGCCCCGGGCCCGAUUCUACGCUGCAGAAGUGGCCAGUGCCAUUGGCUACCUGCAUUCCCUAAACAUCAUCUACAGGGACUUAAAGCCUGAGAACAUCCUCCUGGAUUGCCAGGGACACAUAGUAUUGACAGACUUUGGACUCUGCAAAGAAGGAAUGGAGCAAGAGGAGACAACUUCUACCUUUUGUGGCACUCCUGAGUAUCUGGCUCCUGAGGUGCUAAAGAAGCAGCCCUAUGACAGGACAGUAGACUGGUGGUGCCUAGGAGCUGUCCUCUAUGAAAUGCUCUUUGGACUGCCUCCUUUUUACAGCCGGGAUGUGUCUCAGAUGUAUGACAACAUUCUGCACAAGCCACUACAGAUCCAAGGAACCAAGACUGUGGCAGCUUGUGACAUCCUUCAGGGACUUCUCCACAAGGAUCAGAAGAGGAGGCUAGGUGCCAAAACAGACUUUCUUGAGAUAAAGAGCCACGUAUUCUUCAGCCCAAUAAACUGGGAUGAUUUAUAUCACAAGAGGAUUACUCCUCCAUUCAACCCCAAUGUGGCUGGCCCAGCUGAUCUGCGACACUUUGACCCUGAGUUCACCCAGGAAGCCAUCUCUGCCUCCAUCACCCGCACGCCUGACCUAGCAGCCAGCAGCUCCAGUGCCUCAGAUGCAUUUUUAGGAUUUUCAUAUGCACCAACUGAAGAGGACAUUUAAGUUUUACAGAGGCUUUAUCAAGCCGUAUUUUAAAUGAAUGGGUUUUAUGGGUUUUUGUGGGGUUUUUUGGUUUUGGUUGUUUGAUUUUGGUUUUUUUUUCCCUUUUGAGAGGUUUGGUACUGUCUUUUGCUCAUGGUUUAAGGAAAUUGGCACUAACACACUAACUGGCUGGGAUGGAACAGAGCUCUCAAUUUUUGCUGUUUGGUGGAUUUUCUCCCUAAAUGAAUGUUUCCCUCCUAGGGAAGUAGGACACUGACUACGAUUUUCCCUGAGUGUCUUGUGCUACUUGGCAGAAUUGUAUUCACUCUGUGGUUAUAUUUAUGGUUGAGGUAUGUGCCAUCAUUCACAUCAACAGCCAUCAGCCAUGUCCCUGUAACUGGACACAUUUAUUUUCCUUUUUUUGUGGAGCUAUGCUCAGCUAUGCCCAGUGUCUUUCUCAAAGCCCUCAACAGAAAAGGAAACUUCACAUCACCACGAACAGUGGCUUCCUUCCUUUACAUGAAUUCUGUCACUCAAGCUGCUCAUCCUGGGCUGAGUGAAAAACUGUUCAUCAGUCCUUGCUCCAAAGGCAGCUGCAGAUCUGUAAGUCCUGAGCUGCACUGUGGUCUUUCAGGCCAGUCUGAUCCUCCUCAAAGUGAGUGGAUUAUCUUUCUGGCCCAGGACUGGGAUGCUACUGAAGCAACAACAAGGCUGUGAUGGAGAAGACAAUGUGUGUGAGAAAAAUCUCAGAUCAAGGUGGGGGGGAGAGGCUGAGUUGCUUGGAAAAAUAAAAAUAACUUUAUAGCUGAACUCUAGUUGGGGUGAGAGGUGCUUUCACUGCAUGUGCUUGACUUGCCCCAGGCAUGCCAAUACUGCUGUGAUGAGCACAGGGCAAUGAACAACGAGCAAUGGCCAUGCUCCAGGCUCCAGCACUCACCUGAAAAUGCCCAUCACUGAUGUGGAACAGUUAUUUAUUCUGCCUUAAUUUAAAUGCUGGUAUAUUAAUUGAAUGUCACUUUCCACUUUUUUUUUUCUUUUUAAGCUGUUCUGUGCUGUUGCUGUGGGGAGGAGAGGGGGCUCAGAGCAACACGGGGAUAAACAAGGGGCUUUCUAAAAGUUGUGCGAUGCUCGUGGUGUGCGGAACCUUGUACUGGUACCACUGUGUGUUUUGUUUUUUUUUAUCAGGCUCUAUCUUGUAUAUGCUGAAGUCAUUGGAAAUAUGACGUGGUUUAUAUUAAAGUUGCAAACACUUA